UGCCGAUAAAGGCGUUUAGAAGACUUGACUGUUUUGUCGACAACAAACCGACUCAUCUGAUGCAUGACGGAGCUUCUUCACACUAGAAAUUAAUGUUUAAAACAAUGACAACUUUUCAUCUGCUUCUGAAUUUCUACUUCUUACAGUCAGUGCUGUCUAUAGGAACGGAAUACAGUUGUCCAAAAUUUCAAAUAGGCGUGAACCUCGUCACCUGUAUGAUUAAUAAAACAGCAGUUGACAAUGCAGCAUGUCACUCCCGGCAGAACUAUGUGACAUUUGAUAAGGGCGAAACUGUACUCUGCUUUGCACCUCGACCAUCAACUUCUGGUUGUAGUACAUCGCACAACACAUCCUCUAACCCUUGUUGGUGUGUUGAUUCAGGUCAAAACAUUUUUACGUAUACGAUUUCAUACGUGGCCACCUCGAGUGAUGUGGGAGCAAUUCUGGAAUGCAAAUAUUGUAUAACACCAAACCCGAACGGUCCUGCUGGCUGCAAAAUUGACAGCUUGGAUUCUGGAAAUCAAGCGUCAAGAGCACAUAUGAUUUAUACGACUCCGGCAUGGCUUCUUCCAGUUCUCUUGUCAUUCAGCGACUUUUAUGGAAGGGUCCGUUUUCCUCUGCUGCUGCUCUAGUACUUAAGAACCAACAAUUGAAAAAUUACAAAGUAUAUUCAUGAACAGUCUAAGACUUCAGCUGACAGACUUUUACACUAACUCUUACUUGGACGAGUGAUAUGCAGCGAUUUUAAAUGUAUGUAUAAAACGGAA